AUGCCGAGGGACUAUCUGCUCCCUUUACUCUCAGUUUGUCUCUUUGUCAUACAACUUGGUCUUUCUGUAAGCGACCUACCGUCUAUUAAGCUCAUGCAAGAUAUUGUAUGUAGGCAUGUCCAUCGAAUCGAUAGCCCUGAGCUACUUCCAGAAGAGAAAUGUCGGGAUGAGCCGGUGCAGCAACGACUUAACUUCAUCAUGAUGGGGAUGCAAAUAUCCGCCACUAUUUCGGCUACCUUAGUUGCGUUCCCCUUGGGUGUUCUCUCAGAUCGAAUCAGCCGACUUCCUGUACUAGGUGCAAGGAUCCUCAGCAUGAUACUCUCACAAUCAUAUGCCAUGUUCGUACGCUGGAAAUCAGACAUGAUUCCACUCGAGGCAAUAUGGUGUAUCGGUGUCGCACUUCUCUUUGGUGGAGGUCGAAGCGUUGCUGAGGCCAUGUGGGUUAUGGCCUCUGGACUUGCUGCUCAGCUCGAAGGCCCUGUGCUAUCAGUAGAGCUUGUUCAGUCAUCGGUAUGGAUGCCACUAUUCUUGUCCUUGGGCUUGGUACUCGGAGGCGGUAUCACCCUAGUGAGCAUUGGGCCGUAUGACUAUGGUCUGGAGUCGAACAUGUUGAGCUUGGAGUCUCUCAAGAGAACAUCCGUGAUGGUCGCUUUCAAGUCGAUGUUCUCUAGGCCUCUCCUCCGGCUUAUCCCUGGUACUGUCAUGACAAUCCCACUAGCAACAGUGCAGACUGAUAUCGCCAUUCGCCUAAUGCCCAUACAGUUCAGCGGGCCUCUCAACCGUUCUAUACUUAUUGUAUCUUUGCCAAGCUUGGUCACACUUCUCACCCUAUGCAUACUGCUACCUGUCAUCACAUGUAUCUGGAGCAAACUCACACGUUCGCCAACUCAUCGCAGAUGCUCAAAUCUAGCUUGCGCGAGUUCGUUGCUAUUCUUAGCUGGCUGCCUCUGCAUGAUGAUGGUAACAAAGGAAGCCUUCAUCGUUGCAGGCCUAGCCGUGUCGGCACUGGGCUCAGGUCUACCUACGCUAUGCCGGUCCAUGUUAGUUAGGAUGACAGGGGAUGAGAGAGCCGGGAUGCUAUUUGGGCUACUGGCGGUCUGUGAGAUCCUAGGUCUUCUCGCUUGUGAGGCAAGCAUGGGGGCGUUGUUUGGGGUUGGGCUGAAGACGUGGCUGGGGAUGCCAUUUUGUCUGGGGACAGCAGCUUCUCUUGUUAUAAGUCUGACCACAUGGCUAGUCCCCACGAAGUUAUUGAACACUGGAGAUGGCUGA